AUGGCUGCCAUUAUCGGAGCUGGUAAAGCUACUUGCCAUGUUCGUUCCAUCAGCUUGCCCGCAAGAUCUCAUCCUCUUACUUUGAGCGCUGAGGUGCAAAUUGACAGAUUGAGAUCAUCUCAAGCAACACAGUCAUCGGCGUGCGACAAGUUGAAUGGCCUCAAAAAUCUGUAUGAAAGCAUUGAUGAUUUGCUUCAAUUACCUCUAACCCAACAAACACUUGCCAAUGAAAAGAAUCGCAAAUCAGUAGAUGAGGUGUUGGAUGGAUCUCUGAGGUUGUUAGAUGUGUGUGGUUCCACCAUAGAUAUUUUCUCACAAAUGAAGGAAUACCUGAAGGAGGUUGAAUCCUCCCUCCGAAGGAGAAAAGGCGGGGAAACUGGCCUGUUAAAUGAAGUAGAAGCAUAUAUUUCCUCAAGGAAAAUAAUUAAUAAAGUAAUCAGCAAAUGUUUCAGAAAUUUGAAGAGCUCAAAAAACAAUUCUUCUUCAACACUCUUGGACAAGGACUCCAAUGCAGUAGCUGUAAUUGGAACCCUAAGAAAAGUUGAGCAAAUCAGUGUUUCAGUUUGUGAGUCUCUUUUAUCUAUGCUAUCUCAACCAAAAACCAAAUCAAGGCCUAGUGGCUGGUCGAUUGUUUCAAAGUUAUUGCAAUCCGAUCGUGCAUUAUGCAAAGGACAAGUUGGUUCCAAUGAAGUGAAAAUGAUAGAUGCUGAAUUACUAGCCGUCAAAUCAAUUAAAAACGUCAAUCUUGAACAAGUGCAAAUAAUAUUGAAAGGAUUGGAGGCAUUAGAAUCAAGCAUUCAAGAAGCAGAAAAAGAGUUGGAAUGUGUUUACAGGAAAUUACUGAACACCAGAGUUACCAUUCUCAACAUGAUCAACCAGUAGCUAGUUGUUGAUCUUCUCAUAUGGGAAGUUUGGAAUUCAUUUCCCAUUGUCCUUUCAAUACUAUUUUGUAAAAC